CUUCCUAUCAAGAUGGUGAGCCGGCUGCCUCACUCGGCGGACCUGACCCGCUUCUGCCAGAAGCUUAAUCGAGUGAAGACUCUGGAGGAUGACAUGAUGGAGACCUCCUUCAACCGCUGCCUGAACACUUUUGACUUGACACUGCUAGGCAUCGGGGGUAUGGUGGGCUCUGGCUUGUAUGUGCUGACUGGCACCGUCGCCAAGGAGACUGCGGGACCUGCCAUCGUCAUCUCCUUCAUCAUUGCUGCCUUUGCCUCCCUGCUGGCUGCUCUCUGCUAUGCUGAGUUUGGCGCUCGUGUGCCCAAGACAGGUUCUGCAUACAUGUUCACGUACAUCUCUGUGGGUGAGAUUUGGGCCUUCCUGAUUGGCUGGAAUGUCAUUCUUGAGUACAUGAUAGGCGGGGCAGCUGUCGCCCGAGCAUGGAGCGGCUACCUGGACGCCAUCUUUGAUCACAAAAUCAAGACCUUCACCGAGACCCAUGUUGGCACCUGGAAUAUCCCAUUCCUGGCACAUUACCCCGACUUCUUGGCAUCAGGAAUUCUGCUCAUCGCAACAGCAUUAAUCUCCUUUGGGGCCCGAGUCUCAUCCUGGCUCAACCAUGUCUUCUCUGCUAUCAGCAUGGGAGUCAUCCUCUUCAUCCUUGUGAUGGGAUUCAUUCUGGCUAGGCCCCAAAACUGGGGGGCAGCCGAAGGGGGAUUUGCCCCCUUUGGCAUCUCGGGCAUCAUGGCUGGGACAGCCACAUGCUUUUAUGCCUUCGUGGGCUUUGAUGUUAUCGCCGCAUCUAGCGAGGAGGCCAGGAACCCUCAGAAAGCUGUUCCCAGAGCGAUUGCCAUCUCACUGGGCCUCGCCACAGGGGCCUACAUCCUGGUCUCCAUGGUGUUGACACUGAUGUUGCCUUGGCACUCCUUGGACCCUGACUCUGCCCUAGCUGAUGCCUUUUAUCAAAGGGGUUACUCUUGGGCUGGCUUCAUUGUGGCUGUUGGGUCCAUUUGUGCAAUGAACACAGUUCUCCUCAGCAACCUCUUCUCUCUGCCGCGGAUUGUCUAUGCCAUGGCAGAGGAUGGGCUCUUUUUCCAAGUGUUCUCACGUGUGCACCCCCGGACGCAAGUCCCUGUGGUGGCCAUUUUGGUGUUUGGCACUCUCAUGUCCGUGCUGGCCUUCAUCUUUGACUUGGAGGCCCUAGUCCAGUUCCUGUCAAUUGGUACCCUCUUGGCCUACACCUUUGUAGCAGCCAGCGUCAUCGUUCUGCGCUUCCAGCGGGUAAAGUCCCACCCUCCAAACCCAUCUGCAGAGAGCGAGAAUACUCCACCAACAUCUGCAGAGACCAUUGGAGCUAGCGAACCAAAAGAGUAUGAGUCUUUCUCUGACAAGCUGAACUUGGUAGACAAGGAAAAGGCCAAAAGCCAGCGGGAACCAGGGCAGCUCAAAGCCAUUUUUUAUCCCUAUUUGGACUUCCUCAGUGAUUUCUACCCUGGAGAAGUGGUCACAGUGGCUGUUAUCAUCCUCAUGGUCUCAGCCCUCUGCUUGUGCUCCAUCCUGGUGUUUGGGAAGAACCAGCUUCACCUGCCCACCUGGAGCUAUGCCUUGUUGAUCGUGCUGUUCAGCCUGGCCUUUGUUGUCAGCUUGUUCCUUAUCGGGGUUCACGAGCAGCAAAAGAACAGCCAGACAUUCCAGCUACCCCUGGUACCCUUGACUCCAGCCCUGAGCAUCCUUCUCAAUAUCUACCUCAUGCUGAAACUCAACUACAUGACCUGGCUGCGCUUUUCUGUCUGGCUGGUUGUAGGCUUGCUGGUCUACUUUGGGUAUGGCAUCUGGCACAGCAAAGAGAACCUGCGGGAGGCCCAGGGGCAUGCCAUCAGUGCCCGCUACGUGGUCUUCCCCAGCAGCAGCCUAGAAGAGACAGUCCAGACGGUUCAGCCCAGCACGCAGCCAUCUCAGGGGUUGGAUGAAACAGCUGAAGAAGAAGAAGCCAAGAGAUGAUGGGAGAGGGCUAAUGAGAGGAGACUCUCCCCCAUCCCCGCCCAGCAC